UAAGAGUGAACGAGGGCGUGUCGGCUGUCUGACGGCGGCGGCUCGUGAGCCAGGGAUUGGUUGGAGCAGCGAUCCUGGUGUUACCAUCAGCAGGAAAGGGAGGCGGGAGAAGGAAAGGUGGAGGUAGGGAGAUAGAGGGCUUCGUGCACGUUCCUCAUCAUACGCUGCCCCACGGAGGGUUACGAGUGUGGGAUCUGUACACAAUGCUACCAGCUGCAGCUGUUUAUUACUUUCUUUGGGAAGUAAACACCAAAUCAGUCCCCGAAGGGAAAACACUAAGAACAUUUGGCAGGCUACAGUCCUAUGAUAUGGUCAGCUCCCAAGCUGUCUUAACAGCUCAUCAUAGUUCAGUUCAACAUUGCAUCUGUGUUUGUACUAAGUUUGUGGAACCAUUCCAAGCCCAGCUUGGAUCUCUGUAUAUUGUACUGGGAGAAGCUGAAUACAGGAAUGGUAAAGAAAUUGUGCUAAAGGCUCGCGUGUUUACUUGUGUGGAAGGACUAAACCUUCAAUUGUUGGAGAAAGCCAUAGAGGAGCAGAGAAAAUAUUUCCAGGAGAGAAAGACACCAUUAGCAGAAAACACUUCCUAGAGCCUUGCCUUAGGAGGGACUUAAGGCUGAACAAAACUCUUGAAUCACUGUAUAUUAUACCUUUUUGUCAAGUUAUGUUGGAAUUGUCAUGUGUAUUUGGAGUUUGAGACUAAUUCUCAUUAACAGGUACCCAUAUUUUCAAACCUUGGAGAAUGCAAAUUUGCCUCCAUAUUCUGACUGUUUCUCAUAUUAUAUUAGGUUGUUUGUAAGUCAUCACCAAGUUUAGAACACCAUUAAACACAAUGCAAAAUACAAAGUAUUAAUACAAA